AGACAGGGAGGGUGGUCACAGGAGGUCGAGAAUGUGAAGAAGCAGCUAGUAUAGUAGUACGCUCGUGACCCCAAGGCGAGGCAAGGGGGGCAAGCAAGCUGCUCUAGUCGCUCCAGCCACAUGUGACCCCUCUCGCCCCACCCGUCCAAAGCAAUGCAUCCACCGGCUGCCCCUGCCUGCACUUCAACUAGCUAGCUUGCCGCCUAUAAGUAGCAGAGACCAUGCAUGGCAUUGGCAUUGGCAUCAACACACGCGACACUACAAUUCAGAUUCAUUCAUCCAAAUUGGAGAGAGAAUAAUGGCAUCCUCCUCCUCCUCCUCCUCCUCCCGCGCCGUCGCGGCUGCUCUGCUGUGCCUCCUGCUGCUUGCUAGUAGCCAUGGCUGCUGCGCCAAGCACAAGCAUAAGGCCCGCACCACUCCUCCGGCUCCUGCAGUCCCCACCCCGACCCCUGCCGCAAAUUCCAGUGCCGACUCCAGCGGCUGGCUCAAUGCCAGGGCAACCUGGUACGGCGCCCCCAACGGCGCCGGACCAGACGACAACGGUGGCGCUUGCGGAUUCAAGAACGUGAACCUGCCUCCUUUCUCCGGCAUGACAUCCUGCGGCAACGAGCCACUUUUCAAGGACGGCAAAGGAUGCGGCUCAUGCUACCAGAUAAGGUGCGUCGCCCACCCGGCGUGCUCCGCCGUCCCGGAGACGGUGAUCAUCACGGACAUGAACUACUACCCCGUGGCCCCCUACCACUUCGACCUCAGCGGCACCGCCUUCGGCGCCAUGGCCAAGGACGAACGCAACGACGAGCUCCGACACGCUGGCAUCAUCGACAUCCAGUUCAAGAGGGUGCCGUGCCAGUACCAGGGGCUGACGGUGACGUUCCACGUGGAGCAUGGGUCGAACCCCAACUACCUUGCGGUGCUGGUGGAGUACGAGAACGGCGACGGCGACGUGGUGCAGGUGGACCUCAUGGAGUCGCGGGCGGAGGACGGCGAGCCGACGGGCGUGUGGGAGCCGAUGCACGAGUCGUGGGGCUCCAUCUGGAGGAUGGACACCCGGCGCCCGCUGCAGGGGCCCUUCUCGCUGCGCAUCACCAACGAGUCCGGCAAGACGCUCGUCGCCGACCAGGUCAUCCCCGCAGACUGGCAGCCGGACAGCGUCUACAGCUCCAUCGUCCAGUUCGAGUAGCUCAACCACCUGCACUCAGAUCUACCAUGCAUAUGCAUGCAGCUAGCUAGCUGAUUCUUCUAUAUAUCGAUCCGUCGUCGCUCGGUCGAUUAUAUAUGAAUGCCUUGUUAACUAGGCGUUAAUUAUUGUUGGGAGGCAUCCAUGCGUUCUACCAGUAUUUAGCUAGCUAGGUGAUCGAGACGUCGCUUGUGACGUCCGGGUGCGUACGUACGUGUCGAUGAUAUACGAUCAUGUCGUCGUGUGCUACAUAUAUAUAUAUAUAUAUACACUCCAGAAACUGCACGUACGGUUCUCUCGUCCUCGUAAGUGCAAGACUUAAUUAAUACUCGUAUAUGGAGGAGUCAGCUAGCUGGUAUGUAUGUAUAAUAGCAGUAUAUACUUACUUCAUUACGGGUAUAUAUGCAGAUCUCCCAGCUACUAUCUGUACCACUAGUAGCUAGCGUGAACUGUAUGUAAUGUACUACUCCUAUUUCUAUUUGAUUUGUAACGAAAUUAAAUCAGCUGGUCGUCGAUGGUUUCAAGGCCGCACAUUGCUCAACUUUGGAGGGUAUGCAUGCCUGCUGCCUCUUUCUUUC